AUGAAGGGUUUACAUCCGAUUCAGCCUCUGACUUCUUCUUGGAAGUUGUGGAUAAUUGAGUUAGCUUUCGUCUGGAGGUGGUUUCAUGUCAUUCGGACCAGCGGUUCAGAAGAUACGACGAUUUUGGUUGGACUCGACCCACCAGCUCGACCGGCCAGUUUCCAACUCGAUCGAGCUGCUUUUCCAGGAGUCAAAGGAUCGGGACCAGUCUCGCCUUGGAUUCUCUGGUCCUUGUGGAAGAGUAGAAACAAACGGAGCUUCAAUGCGACCGAGCGCCAAUUCACACCGGAGGAGACUAUCACACAGGCGGUGAGUAGUGCACGGGAAUGGCAAGCGGCACAAUUGGGGAUCGAGAACCACCAUACCGGAUCGAGACAGGGGAGCCAACGGAGGAGUCGACUGCAUGCAGUGAGAUGUCACUCGGACGCAGCUUGGAGGAAGGAGACAGAAACAGCGGGACUCGGCUGGUGCUUCAGCAACGACAGAGGCGAUCCACUAGGCCGUGGAUCUACUACGAGAUCGACGAUCAGAUCACCCCUGAUGGCGGAGGCUCUAGUGCUUCUCAGCGCGAUGCAGCACGCACUAGAAAUCGGACACACCCACAUCAUAGUUGCUUCAGAUUCGCAAAAGCUAAUCGGAGCAAUCAACAGAGAAGAUCCAUCGAAGGAGCUUCACGGGAUUCUACACGAUAUCCUGGAUUUUUCGAAAUCAUUCACCGCAAUUUCUUUCAUCUUUGUUUCGAGAGAGGACAAUGUUUUGGCCGAUAGACUGGCGAAAAACGCUUUAGCUGACCUCGGUCAAGGACCGGUUUGA